AUGGCCAAUCUAUUGACGAUCGAGAAGUGGAACCCAGACCGUGAUGGGGAACUCAAUGUGCCCAACAUGAAGAAGAAGCUGAAGUCACAAAGCUACAACUGCAUCCAGUAUACAUUCCCCCCAGGGACAGACUUCCCUGACCACACCCAUGCAGUGUCCAAGAAGGACUCCAUCACCUGUGGUCAGUUCCAGUUCACAAUGUACGGUCAGACUGUUAUUCUAGAACCAGGUGAUAUGAUCGAUGUGCCGGCCAAUACGGUUCAUAACGCCUCUGUUGUUGGUUCCAAGUCUGUGGUAUUCUUUGAUGCCACUAAGUAA